UACACAGCUCUCGAACCGGGCGGCCUCAUCCGCAAACAGCGCAGCAAUGGCCAAGAUGAAGGCUCGGGACCUGCGCGGCAAGAAGAAGGAGGAGUUGUUGAAACAACUGGAUGAUCUGAAGGUGGAAAUGUCCCAGCUUCUCAUGGCCAAAGUGACAGGCGGUGCCGCGUCCAAGCUCUCCAAGAUACGAGUCGUGCGCAAAUCCAUCGCCCGUGUCCUCACUGUCAUUAAUCAGACUCAAAAGGAAAACCUCAGGAAAUUCUACAAGGGAAAGAAGUACAAGCCCCUGGACCUGCGACCCAAGAAGACGAGAGCCAUGCGCUGCCGGCUCACCAAGCAUGAAGAGAAGCUGAAGACCAAGAAGCAGCAGCGGAAGGAGCGGCUGUACCCACUGCGCAAGCACGCAGUCAAGGCCUGAGACGACGACAAUAACAAUAAAGUCCAAAACUGAAAAAAAA